AUCAAAGCCUUAUAUAGGAGGUGUCAGGUGUGAAAAAUUGCACAAUAUCUGCAAUUCAUAUUAAAUAUUCCAAGAUGUAUAGAAAGAAAAUGAUAGUUGUUUCAAGAAUGUCGCCAAUCAGUGCUUCUACCGUCAUAUUUUAUUUACUUUUAUAUUUAUUUACCUGUGUUGUUCUGUGUCAAGGGAUCGACCAUUAUCCACCUCGUGUAUUUAGAGAAGAACCAGCAGAAGGAAUACCUAAGCCAGAAGGGGGUAGUAAACAGUUAACAUGUAGUGUAUUAAGUAGUUAUCCCCCAGCAGUAUAUAGUUGGACAAAAGAUGGUGUUUUAGUCUCACAAAAUUCUUCUGGAUCUGUGUUCACGAUAUAUAAUUUAAAUCGUAGCCAUGAAGGUUAUUAUAGAUGUCUGGCCAGCAAUGAUAAAGGUGCUCUGUUGAGUAAAGCUGUUAAAAUAGACAUUUCAUAUAUGGAUCAGUUACAAGGUAGUGCUGUAGAAGUGAAACAAGUUGAUCAAGGCAAUGCUGUGAUUUUAAAUAAACCUAAUAUAAAUAGUGUUCCCGAUCCGAGGAUAGAAUGGCUUGAAAACGAAACAACCAUGUCUAAAGAAGAUAUGUAUCAUCAAAUAUCAUUAAAUCAAGAUUUUAUUUUAUUGGCUGUAAAAAUGACGAGUAACAAUAAACAAUAUAAAGCUAUUGCUUAUAAUGUGGCCACAAGUCAAAGGCUUGAAAAAUUCUACAAUUUAACUGUUACAGCUUCAGGUGAUCCUAGUUCCCAUAUUCCACCACAGUUUGUAGUUCAACCCCAAAAUACCUUUGCUACAAUAGGUGAUAAACAAGUUCAACUAGAAUGCGUUGUUAAUGCAAGACCUAUCAACAGUUUGAGAAUCGAUUGGUAUGUGUAUAGAGGAUCAACUAGAACACAAAUAGAACAGAAUAAUAGGUAUAUCAUCAGUGCCUUUAAACGUCAACUGUUCAUACAGAAUCCAGUAAAGAGUGAUGAAGGAAUGUAUGAAUGUGAGGCUAGAUUAGAUAUCGUUGGUGGACCAACUUACGCUUCUAUAACAGCUGAAGCUAAUAUCACUAUUAGAGAUGUACCUCAGAUAGUUACACAAUUAGAUGGCGUAAUGGAGAAAGAUUUCAGUGAAACGGCUAUAUUAACAUGUCAAGGAAUAGGAACACCUGAACCAACCUUACACUGGUAUUUUAAUGGUCGUGCUGUAGAGACUCUUACAACUGGAAGACAUUUUGGUUUUGCGAAUGGAACAUUAAAGAUAGUAAAUGUAGACUUACCUGAUGCUGGAAUAUAUCAGUGCUUUGCUCGAAAUGAUGUUGGAGAAGACUCAGGAUCCAUGUGGCUACAAGUCAAUAGUUCUCCUCCUAGACUGACCAGAUCACCCAGUAAUUUAACAAUAGUAGAAGAACGUGAAGCAAGAUUUCCUUGUGAAGCAUCAGGAGCACCACAGCCUGUUAUAUCAUGGGUUAAAGUAACAAGUGCUGGUGAUCAAACUAUUGUUAGUGGUGGUAGUAUUCAGGUAUUAGAAAGAGCAUUGUUGAUAACAACUGCCCAGAAAUCAGAUACAGCUGUAUAUAGAUGUAUUGCUACUAAUUUAAAGGGAGAAGCAACAGCUGAAGCUCAACUACAAGUUAUAACAAAAACUCAAAUCGUUCGUCCCCCACAAAAUAUAACAGCGAUAUUAAGCACAUCAGUAACAUUAGAGUGUGGGGUUAAGAAUGAUGAUUUGAUAACACCACAAUGGCAGUGGUAUUUCUAUAAAAGGUCAACACAAGAAGAAGAGACAAUAGCUAGUUUGGGUCAUAGAUUAAUAACCAACGAUGGUAGUCUAAUUAUUAGCGGUGUAUCUGGUAUUGAUAUAGGGAAAUAUAAAUGUUUUGUUAUGUCGGAGGGUGGUAAUGACAGUCGUAUUGCAACAUUAAUGGUUGUUGAGUUACCAAGUGCUCCAGUAAUAUCUAGUGUGGUACUACAUAGUACACAAUCAAACAGUGUUAUUGUUAGUUGGAGUCCUACAUUCGAUGGUAACAGUCCUAUCAAGCGAUAUGUUAUUAGUUAUAUAGUCAACGAUCAAGCUGGUGCUGCACCUGAAAAUGCAAGAUGGGACCCAUAUCCAGCUAUUAUACCACCUAAUGUUACUACAUAUGUUGUAUCUAAUCUACGUGCCUCACGUUAUUAUACAUUCCGUGUUAGUGCUAUAAAUGCUGUAGGUGAAGGUCAACCAAGUGUCGGUAAACCCACUCCCCCUAUACAACUACCUCCACAACCUCCAAAUGCUCCUCCUAAAAACUUCUACUGCAGUCCACGACCAAAUAAAGAGAUAUUAGUACAAUGGCAACCACCAGAAGAAGAUACGUGGAAUGGUGAUUUAACAGGAUAUCAGAUACGUUAUAAAGUGGAUGGUCUUCCUGAUUCCGCAGAAAAUAGGCAGAAUGUUACCAGUUGGUCAACUACGAAUUAUGUUUUACGAAGUCUUGUGUUUCACAAAGAAUACCAUGUUAAAAUAGCUGCUAUGAAUAUCAAAGGUGUUGGAGUUUUCAGUAAUGUAUUUAAAGUUUGGACCUUAGAAGGGAGGCCAACAUCUCCCCCAAGAAAUGUUUCCUUUGAGGCUAUUAAUUCAACAACAAUCCGAGCAAGUUGGUUGUCGCCAGAUCCUCUUGAAAUUAACGGAGUAAACCAGGGAUAUACUAUAGAAUUACGUCGUCAAUCAGUACCUCAAAUGGAAAGAGCUAUUUUUGUGCCUUCUAAUGCAGAUAAUCCACUAGGUCCUAUGUCGAGUGAAAUUUAUGGUUUAUUAAAGUAUACACAAUAUGUUAUACGGAUUACUUGUCGUACAACUCAAGGUUCAGGACCUGCUAGUGUGGAACAAACAAUUCGUACACAAGAAGAUGUACCUGGUGCAGUAGGUGAUCUCAAAUUUGAUCAGAUAUUGGAUAGUUCUGUACGAGUGAACUGGUCUGUUCCUGCUGAAGUAAAUGGUAUAUUAGAAGGUUAUACAUUAUUAUAUGAGAAAAAGAAUCAGUCUGACACCCGACAACAAAUAGAUCUACCUCCAUCUUUAACAACCUAUACUAUAAGACGAUUAAUACCAGUAACAAAUUAUACUAUAUAUGUAUAUGCUAGUACAAAGAAAGGACCUGGACCAUCUAAAUCAGCUGAUAUAGAAUCCAAUGUUCCACCAGAGAAACCUGGUCCUCCACGCAAUCUUGGUAUAACUAACAUAGAAUCGACUUCUGUACUUAUACAGUUCGGACAAGGUUAUAAUGGUAAAACCUCUAUUACACUGUGGAUUGUUGAGGCUCUUGUGGGGUCAAGUACAACUUGGCAGGAGAUAUACACUAUAUCUGAUCCUACAGCAAGUCAAAUAAUUGUCCUUAACUUGACCCCUUUUACACGCUACAGUUUCCGUAUUACUGCUGUAAAUAUUGUGGGUAGAAGUAACGCUAGUCAGCCAACAAGAUUUGUUCAAACCAAGAUGGCUGCACCGGGUAUUCCACCUGGGAAUGUAACUGUUAGAGCUCUCAAUUCCACAGCUCUUAGAAUCAGUUGGACACCUGUACCUCGACGUGAGUGGCAUUCUGAAGACAUUGGUUAUAAUCUAGAUUAUCGUAUGACACCUAAUAAUAGUACUAUACCUGAUUCUACAUUUACUACCCAUAAAAUAGUUAAUGGUAUGAAUGUAGAGAGUUAUAUAUUGACUAAUUUACAAGAAUGGAUAGAAUAUGAUGUACGAAUGUCAUCGUAUAAUACGGUUGGUACCAGUUCAUCUGGUCCUGUCACUACAGAACGUACAAGAGAAUCCGUGCCUAGUGCAAGUCCUAGUAAUGUAGAAGCAUUACCUUCAUCUUCUACUAGUAUUAAUAUAACUUGGGGUCCAGUACCUUUCUUACAACAGAAUGGUAUGAUACAAGGCUAUAAGGUUGAAUAUCAAUCUGAAGCAGAAGGAAUACCAGCUAAAUAUGAAGAUGUAGAAGGCAAUGCAUCUAUGGGAUUAGUAUUAACAGGUUUAAGAAAAUUUGUAACAUAUCAGAUAAAACUACAGGCUUAUACUAGAAUGGGAGAUGGUGUACUUAGUCGACCAGCCGUAGCACAGACAGAAGAGGACUUACCCGGUCCCCCAAUUAUAAUAUAUUUUCCGAUGGUUAACUACAGUGCUGCUCAGAUAGUAUGGAAUCCUCCAAGUGAACGCAAUGGUAUUAUUACGGGAUAUAAAGUGUCAUAUAGAAAGAAAUCUGAUAAUAUAGAUAUUAGUUUUGUAGAGCUGGGUCAUUCUACAUUAGAUCAUACAGUAACUAGUCUAACUAGAGAAACCUACUAUAUAUUUACUGUAGUAGCUAGAACAAGAUUGGGAUGGGGUGAGAAAGCUGAGGUUGAAGUCUAUACAAUGGUUGAUAGAGCUAGACCAGAUAGUCCAUCUAAACCACAGAUUGGUAGUUCUCAGGUAUACUCUCGAAAUGUUACAAUAAGUUGGAGUCCGGGUAAUUUUAAUUAUGGUCCACUUCGAAACUAUACAAUACAGUAUAAACCACGUAAUGGUGACUGGAUUACCUACCCUAAGAAGACUCCACCACAUGAAUCAUCUCACACAGUUACAGAUUUACGACCUAAUACGUGGUAUCAGUUCCGAGUGGCUGCAACUAAUGAUAUUGGAACAAGUGACUUCAGUUUAGCUUCAGCAGAUGUACAAACACUACCUGAUAAACCUGAAGGGGCACCUUUAAAUGUAAGAGUAUUUGCUGUUACUAUGACAUCUAUAAAUGCAACAUGGGAGCCACCUCAAUCUUCUACUUGGAAUGGUGCCAUCCAGGCUUAUAUAGUUCAAUACAGACAACUUUCAAUGUUAGACUACGCGGAAGAAGUAGUUCCUUAUAAUCGCUAUUCAACUGUUAUAUCAAAACUUGUUAAGUCUGUAUAUUAUGAAGUGCGGGUUUUGGCCAGAAAUAAUGUUGGUCGGGGGCCACCUAGUAAACCUACUACAAUAUUUGUUGGAGAAGCUGCUCCAACCGCUCCUCCAACACAAGUUAGAAUGGAAACCAUUAGUUCAUCAGAAAUUAAAGUAUCCUGGCAACCACCUCCUCCAGAUACACAAAAUGGUGGACUUUCUGGUUACAAGGUGUUGUAUUGGAGUAAUACUACUGAUGAUGGUGGAAAGAUAACUCCAGUGAUAGUAGUUAAUACAUAUGUUAUAUUAGAAAAACUGGAGAUAUAUACAUAUUAUUAUGCUACAGUACUAGCUUAUAAUCUGGCUGGUGAAGGACCCAAAAGUUCUAUUCAGUCAGCUAGUACUGAUGAAGCAGUGCCUGGUGUAACUGGACCACUAGUAUUUACCAAUAUAACAUUAGAAAGUUUAACUGUGUCAUGGUUACCACCAGAUGAAUCUAAUGGUAUUAUAAUCAAAUAUGAACUGGUCUACUUUUUAAACAAACCAGAUGAUGCUGAAACUAAAUUAGUAAAAUUAACGUUAAAUGGUAGUCAGCACCGUAUUAGUGUAGAGAAUCUAGAAGAAUAUGGUAAUUAUACAUUCCAAGUUAGUGCUAGAACAUCAAAGGGUUUAGGUCAAGAGAGGUCAUCUAGUGUUAGAACCGGACCACAACCAGGAUCACCUGGUAUGCCCUUAGAUCUGACAUUAAUAACUACUGAUAAAUCUGUCAUAUUGAACUGGAUGAAGGGUGACGAAGGAGAUGCACCUAUAUAUGGUCAUAUGGUACAAGUUUUUGACCAAGACAAAAAGAAUUGGAAGACAGUUUUACAGAAGAAUUCCCCAGAAACAUCUGUUGUCCUUAGUUACCAGAGUUUAAUACCAAACCAUCAGUACAAAUUACGUGUUAUGGCUAUCAACUCUUAUGGUAUCAGUGAACCUACAUCUUCAUUAGAAACAUUUAAAACACCAGGUCCAGCUGUAGCUGCAGUGGCUAAACCCUUCCAUACGGAAUGGUGGUUCUUAGUUAUAGUAGCAUUAGCAGGAGUUAUAAUAAUAUUAAUUAUUAUCUCAUUAUUAUGUCUAAUAGGUCGUAAACGACGAUUUCAACAAAAAGAAAUGAAGAGAUCUCAUACAAAUACGACUGUCAUGUCUGAAUCACCAGAAGCAGAUGACGAUGGUUUUACAAACAUAGAGAUGUAUCGACAAUCACAAGCACAACGUCGUACUUUACCUAGAAAUGGUCACAAUAAAAAUAUAUAUGCCAGUAGUAGAUCUCCACCCAGACCAAGUCCUGCUAGUGUUACAUAUUCUGGUGAAGAUUUGGCUACAGGAACAUCUAAAUCUCAUUUACCAGAUGAUAAUAGCAGUAGUAUUACAGAUAAACCUUCCGAGAUGGAUGAUUCAACUGAGCCCAGUGAUGAUGAAAGUGAUGAUAUAAGUAUAACAAAAGUACCAGCUUCCCCACCCCCACCACCGUUUCCAGGUCAUUAUGCCAAUAACUAUGAUGUAAGACAGUCUGUACGCUUGAACCAAGGUUAUAAUGCUUACGCUUAUACAGACAGUGAAGCAGACAGCAGCCAUUAUGCCAUGGGUUUAAAUAAUGGAAAUAUUGUGUUUAAUCAAUCACGUUCACGGACACCAUUAGCUGGGUUUUCAUCUUUUGUGUGACAGCUGAUUUGUGUGUUCAAUAAAUUGUGUCUGCAUUAAUACAUGGGAACUAACUCCUUUCCAUGAAAGUGGCACCGUUUACGAAAUCAAAUACUUUUAGCUGUCAGUUAUAUAUGUUGAUCUGGAAGGUGCUUAUAAGAAAAAAAUUGAAAAAAGACAAUGCAGUGUUGAAUAUGCCCAGGGAUAAUGUGAUAAAGUAUUUUUUUUAAAAUCAAGCAUUCCAGUCCCAUAUACGAUUGCAAUAUAGAAUGUAUGAAAGAUUUAAUGUAAUGAUUAUUCAAUUAUUGUAAUUAUGAUUUGUAUGCUAUAUUUAUAUUGUUACAUACAAUACAUCUCCCUGUGUGCUACCAUUGUCACUAUAUUAACAGUGCAUAUAUAUAGCAUUAUUUGUACAUGUGUGUUAGUGGUGUAACUUUGAGUCCAACGUAAUUGAUUUCCAGAAUGUGUACUCCCAACUACAAUAUAUAUUUUAUUUGUGAUUUCUGUGUUUAAUUGAGAUAUUGUAUUUGAUUACUAAAUGCCAUACCAUCACUCUCAUUAUCUAGAUCUCAUUGUGAAUCAUGUAAAUAUAGCCAUCCCGUUACAUAUUUUUCUAUGUACAUAUGUAGAUAUUUUUCUUUGUUUUUUUGUUUUGCCCAUUUUGCCUCAGUUUACAUAUAAAUGGCAGAGCUAUAUAUUUAUAGUCAAAAUUUAUUGGCAAAAGAAUGAAUUUUUGAUACUUAAUCCACUUUUGACUAUUUUCUGUAGUUAGAAUUUCUAUUGAAUAGAAAUUUGUAACAGUGCCUUUUUAUUUUAUUUUAAAUUAACAAAAUAGUUUUUUUUUUAUUUAUAUUGCUAAAGAAAUAAAUGUAUAUUAUAUUUAGAUAUAAUUAUGCUGUGUUUGUCUACCAGUUUGAACUUGUGCUUCUCUAAUUCAGUUCAAAAUCUUCCCCUGUAGCAUUACAAAUAGCAUAUUGCUAUAAAUAUAUGAUUUUAAUAAGUUUGUUUUCCUAACAUUAAUAUCACCUACUAUUGUCACUUCUUGUACAAAUGAUAGAAUUCUUUACUAUAUUUAGUAUAUAUUUAAUAUGCUCUGAACUAUUUUUGUGGUGCCAUAUUACAUUAACUUUUCUCCACCCAAUUCACAGAGCCGGUCAUAUAGUCUAUUGCACUCACAUAGAAUAUUAUUUGGUACUGUUCAUGAAUCACUCAGUGAUCAUUGUAAUAUAUUACUGUCUCUUGUCAGCUCAAACCAGUUACACAAAAUGGCACUGAUUAUAUCUGUGUCUCAUUUUUUCUUCUAAUUUUAAUUAUUGUUCUAUUUAAAAUUGAUUUAUCAUUAUUUAUGUUAUAUUUCUAUUGAGUCUGCUAUUGGGAUAUUUAUGCUAAAUACAUAAAAUUUUGUUCCAUAAAAUAGCUUCGUUCCCUGUUGAAUUCAUGUAAAAAAAUGUUUGCUCCAUGUUAUACUCAGUUAAAAUUGUUUUGCUCCAUGUUGAAUAUACAUCAAGAAAGAUUUUGUUCCAUGUUGAAUACAGUUUAAUAUUAUUUAAAAUUGUUUCAUAUAUUCAUUACUAUAUUCUUGUUGUUUGUAAAGAAAUAAAGCCUCUAUGUGAUGUUGAACCCAGAUACACAAAUAUUUCACCAUUUGAUAUUAUUAAAUUUUUCUGGACUUAAUUGUAUUCAGAAUGAAAUGAAUUUAGAAAUACAAUAAUUUAUUAAAUAACAAGUCUUUAUCAUUCGUUCAUGAAUUUUGAAAUACAAUAAUUUAUUAAAUAAUAAGUCUUUAUCAUUCAUACAAAGUCUCAUAUCUCUAUAUUAAUUAUAUGCAUUGUUCCAUUAGAUAUAAAUAUAUUUUAAGUGAAAGUAGUAUUUAUUAGAGUUUUGAUAAACAAUUUUUGUAUAAUCACGUUGGUCUUGUAAAUUAUUUUUCUAAGCAUGGUUUUCUCAUUUGCAAUGGUCCAAUUUUUCCCAAGUAAUUAAAUAAUCAUAAAAUGUACAGUUUAUACCAAAAAAUGCAAAUUAACAUUAAAAAA